AUGUCCAAAUUGGUUGCGCCAUAUCUCCUUGUGUCUGAUGCAGUCAACAAGCAAUCAAUCGAUAUUACAUGUGACUUCAUCACAAACAUCCUCGACUACCUUGUCCUUCACAGACUCAAGGAUCUCGAGAACGAGCCACUACCAUUGCGAACGAUGGAUGGUGAGGUGGUGGAGCGUGUGAUUGACAAUGUUUACGUGGUAGACCAUCUUGUGUACAGACAUCCUUACGACUUUCAAAAUGGAGAACUAUGGAUCACUGGUUCAAGAUUGAUCUACAUGCCUUAUGAACUUGCCAGUGAUCGUAAUGGUGGAAAAUGUCUUCAGAUACAUUUGCGACUGGUGUCCGAAUGGGAGGAGGAGUCAUCCAAGGAGAGCCAGAGCCAGAAGCGCAUCAUAUACUUUGUACAAUUUAAGAACAGUCGUAGGCUACACUUUGGAUUCCCACUCUACACUCCUGGCCCCGUGCUCCAAUCAUUCAAAGAUGCGAUGGACUACACCGCCACACACACACCAGUGUUCCAUCGUUACAACUUUGACUACAUAUAUCCAAUCACAAAGGCCAAACUACUUUCAUCGUCUGGAUCUGGGUCUGGACCAAUAUCUGGGCCAGGAUCAGGUCCUGGAACCAAGCUCAACUCAAUCAUAUUCCAACUUGGACCAAAGCCAGAGGGUCAAACGACUGACACUGGCACAGACACAGGAUCACAGUACUUGGACCCUCAAGCAUCCAUUCAAUCAUCUUCGUCUGCUUGGAGACUGAUCAAUCCGAUAAUCACAGGUUUGUCGAGUGGCAGCGACGUGGCCAUCGUGACUGGCGAUCAUAUAAAGUCAGUGCCAUUCAUUCAAUCAAUGAUACGCAUAAUGAUCGAGCCAGAGACACGUACUAUCAAGGGAUUCCUCGACUUACUGCGCACCGAAUGGCUCAGUCAUCAUGGCGCAGCAUGGACGUGCAGCAUGGAGGACUUGUUCCUCCCAUUCCUCAACAUUAUCUGGCAGCUUGCAUUGGAGUUCCCCACGGCAUUCGAGAUCCAUGAGUAUCAUCUAUUGUUGGUGAUGGACUACUUUGGCGCACUACAGCCUGAUGCGCUGACCCAUGACAUGCUGGUCAAGGCAUGUCCCAAAUUCAACCUGUAUCGCUCGGCCCCACAUCCUGAGCCACUGCAGCCAAGCGGCCACUACUCGACUUCAAAGUGGUCGACGCGCCUCAACAGAUAUGAUCAAAGAUCACUCACUAGCACCAAGCCAGACCAACCCAGACUGGACCUGGUCGACGAGUCAAUAUACUUCCUGUCGCCAACCGUGGUGUGCUUCCACAACUUGGUCAAUGUAUCAUUGCGCGAGAACUAUCUUAAGACUGUGCCGCUGGCUCUGGCCAACCUCAAACAGCUUCAAUCACUCAGCCUUCAGAAGAACCAGAUCAAUGGAUUGUCAGACAACUCGGUACACUACUUCCCCGCAUCCCUGACCUUCCUCGAUCUGUCUUACAACAACCUCACACACAUACCCUGCGCAGCAUUGUCCAAUCACCUGUCCAUGCUCAAAUCACUGGACGUGGCGUACAACUCUUCACUGUUCUCAUUAGUGAUUGAGGCGCCGCAGGUAGUUGCUGGCCCUGAAGGGAUGAAUCAUGGCACAAUGUUCCCCAAGCUUGAACAGCUCACAAUCACAAAAUGCACGAACCUUGAGAAGCUGGUCAUCCAGUGUCCACUGCCCUCACUCAAAGUCUUGUACGCCAGCGAGGUGAGCAUGAACAAGAUGACAUCGAUAGUGCUUCCCCAUCUGCCCCUGCUGUCCAAGCUCGACAUCUCCAACAAUCGCUUGGAGACCCUGCCAUUCGACUUGGCGCAGUUCCCGCAGCUCAAAGAGUUGUUCAUGUCGGACAACUGUCUGAGCGAGCUCCCGUCCACCAUCGGCCUGCUACCCGAGCUCACUCGUCUGAACAUCCGUCGUAACAAAAUAAGUGUGCUGCCGAUAAUCAUGUCGCGACUUGACAAUCUGAUCGCACUGGAGCUGGACUACAAUCCCAUCACAACACCACCACGUGAGAUUGUGCACCAAGGUGCGCGCGCCACAGUGGAGUACUUGCGCGACUUGGUCAAGGGCAAUGAGCGACUGUACAAGAUGAAGCUGCUGGUCGUGGGCCAAGAGAACGUAGGCAAGACAACUCUACUCAAGGUGCUGCGCAAUAAGAAGGCGGCCAAAGAGAUAUCGUCGCAGAUGAACGUUUCGACCGAUGGCAUAACAGUGGAUCAGUGGCGAUUGAACAAGUCCAUGAACAUCAAGGAGAAGAUGUUGUCCAUGGUCAAGACAUCGGCAUCAAAGGGGGAUGGCGCGGGCAACGAUGACGCUCCACCAGAGGCGAUCACGCUCACCACACUGGACUUUGCCGGGCAGGAGAUCUACUACUCCACUCAUCAGUUCUUCCUGUCGGAGCGAUCAAUCUAUCUCUUGCUCUGGGAUGCCAGCAAGCCGGCGGAGGAAUCACGCGUCGAUUUUUGGCUGCAAUCGAUCAGGACUCACGCGCCUAAGUCGCCCGUGGUCAUUGUCGGCACGCACUUGGACAGCCUCAGCGAGUCAAAGGCAAAGGCGAUCAAACAGCAAAUGGAGACCAAGUACAUAUCGACGUCGAGCAAGUGCAGUGUCAAGGCUGUUGCGUUGGUGAGCUGCCGCAGUGGCAAGGGUGUCGGCUCGCUAAGCAGCUUCAUCGAGGAGCUGGCCAUGGCCCAACCAACGAUGGGCGAGCAGUUCCCAACCACCUACCUCAAGCUCGAGAAGCUGUUGCUAGAGGAGCGAAGUAAGCGUGCCAUCCCGACCAUGCCCUGGAGCGAGGUGGUCCGUUUGGGCACACUGGCAUGCAUUGCCGACAGCAAGGAACUGGAUCGUGCCGUGUCGUUCUUGCAUCUGAUGGGUGCUAUCGUGCACUUUCCCAAAGAGAACAUACUCAAGGACAUGCUGAUCUUGGACCCGCAAUGGAUAACCAAUCUACUGGCCACGAUCGUGACGUCCAAGUGCUCGUUUGCCAACAAUGGUAUCAUCCAGCACAAAGAUCUCGCGCACAUUUGGAAGCCUCCGACCUACCCAAGCGAGCUCCAUCCACAUCUGCUCAAGCUACUCGAGCGCUUUGACGUGGCCUUCAACAUGUUGGGCACGGAUGCCAAAUCCGACAAAGCACAGAGUCUCAUCCCCGCAAUGCUGCCACGCGACUGCCCACAGGACAUCAAGACAUCAUUAAUCAGACAGUUGCCCACACAGUAUGGACGCAUCUAUCAGAUGGACUUUAUCCCAUCAGGACUGUUCUCGCGAUUGAUGGUCAGAAUGUUGUACAUUACUCAAGCACAGCCCAAGCUUUACUGGCGCGAUGGCAUCAUUGUGAGCAAAGACGAUCAUUACGUUCAACUCGAGUUGGACCAUGCACAGAGGUCGAUCAGGUUCACGGUCAGAGGUAUAGCAGUUGGCGCCAUUGCUGACAUUAUACGCGUCAUGAUCGAGACCAUUCAAUCACUGCUCGAGCAUGCUUUCAAAGGCGCAUUGGUCAAGGUCAUCAUCCCUUGCACCCAUUGUCUACAGGAUGGCAACGUAUCCAAGUCCUUCCACUUUGGUCUGGACGAAUGUGAGCGUGCCAUGCUUGAUGGACGCACGACAAUGGUCUGCGGUCACUCCAACACAAAGGUGCGUACAGACCAGUUGGUGCCAGACCUCUCCAUGUCACAGACUCCCAGCACACAGAUAUCAAAACAAGACGUCGAGGCAAUCAUAGCGCAAGGAGUGAUUAUAGGCGAGGGCGCCACGGCCAAGGUAUACCGUGGACAGUAUCGAGGAGAGACUGUAGCUUGCAAGGUACUCAACACUGUUGUGGACGAAGAGGAGGUCAGUCAUGAAGACCUCUCCAAGACCUUUGGCGAGUUCCGAAGAGAAUGCUGGCUGAUGAGUGCGAUCGAUCAUCCAAACAUUGUCCGCAUGCAUGGACUCUGCGUGGAGCCAUUGAGUAUCAUGACAGAGUAUCUUACCGAUGGCGACCUUCACAAGUACUUGGCCAAGCAACGCGGCCAGGCCAAGGAAGCGCGUAUCGACUGGUCGCUCUGUCUAUCGCUGGCACUUGACAUUGCGCGUGGAAUGGAGCACCUUCACAGCCUCAAGCCACCCGUUGUACAUCGCGACUUAAAAACGCCCAACGUAUUAUUGUCUCGCGAUCAAACACCUGGACGACCGCAGCUUGUGGCCAAGGUAUCAGACUUUGGACUCUCUGGUGCACAAUACUCAAUCGCCAAGAAGGUCGUGACCAACCCGAUAUGGCUGGCGCCCGAGGUGAUCAAGGGCGGCGAGUCGACGCUCGCCAACGACGUCUAUGCAUUUGGCGUGAUACUCUGGGAGUUGUUCACGUGUGGCGAAUUCUUUGGUGAUCAAGGUGCAUUCAUUCGAUUCCUUGAUUGA